GCCCCUCCCACCCAGAAAGAACAGAAUUGAGGGGGCGUAUUGAGCUCCGGAGGAGGGGCCUCAUGCCAAUGACCCACGUGAUACCCUGCCGUCACUAGCAGUACUACUACCUCCAGUUACCAUGGUAGCCACUGCGUGACAUGUGCUGUGUCGCAUCCAUCUGUAAUAACGGAAUAGUAGAAGCAUAGCGUUACAAGGGUGUGCUGCCAGCACUAAAGAUGGCGGAGUACAUCCGUGACACGCUUUGUACGCGACGUACUCUCUACUCCUUCCAUCUGCUCUAUGGUCCUAAAGAGAAAUGACCCAGAACUCUGCGCGGCCAGUGUGACUGAGGGCGUGGCUUUUGUGGUAACAGUUAGGGAGAGCUCAGGAGGCGUGGCAUAAGUUCCCGCUGAGAGUCCCGGCUGCUGCUCAUACACACACAGGUGUGCAGUGCAGGGGGCGGGGCUACCUCAGCUCCGCCUCCGGCACAGGCAAUGAGGGCCUGACAGACACGCCCACAACUGCUGCGCACACACACACUGGACUGUAGUAUCAGGUACACUAACAGGACAGGAGUGUGCUACAGUCACUACACAACAUACAGGACACCUGCACAAACACACACAUCAGCAUAAUGCAUAUCACACCCGCUGUGUAAUGCCACCAACUAUUAAUGCACUGCUGACCACUGAGCUACAGGCACACGGGCAGGUCUCAUACACAGCCAUGCAUAAUUAAUUUUAUUUAUUUGUGCUGGACUUGGCCCAUUAUUGCACAGAUUGGAACCAUUCCCAUCCUGGUUAUACCCCUAACGCGCUCUGGUGUCUGAUCCUCAUCUAAGCUGGCAUCAUGCAAACCGUGGACUUGGGCAGCAGGGAGACUGGCAAGAUUUGGCACAGGAAGCCCGCGCCGGCCUCCAGUGAUGGGAUCAUAGUGAAUUUAGUGCACGGAGCGGUCGGUUCCCAUGCCAGGACCAUGCGUUUUUUACAGGUAGUGUUUGACAGCGCUGGAGAUCGCCUCCUCGCUGGGGACCACUUGGGUAACGUUUAUCUAUUCAACCUAAACAGAAACAGGUUUGAGCUGGUUCAGAGAACGAUGCAAGCCUGCACAGCACUAGCCUUUAGCCUUCAUAGGAAGUCUGAAUUCCUUGCGGCACUGGCAGAUUACUCCAUAAAGUGUUUUGAUACAGACAACAAGGAGCUGGUGAGCUGGAUGCGCGGACACGAGUCCACAGUCACCUCCAUCUCUGUACAUGGUUCCGGCAGAUAUGCAGUUACCACAUCCAGUGACACCGCUCAGCUCUGGGACUUGGACACCUUCCAGAGGAAACGGAAGCUGAAUGUUCGUCAGUCUGUCGGAAUACAGAAGGUAUUCUUCCUUCCUUUGAGUAAUACAAUCCUCAGCUGCUUUAAAGACAAUAGCAUCUUUGCUUGGGAGAGCGAUACCCUUACAUGCAAGUACCAGCUGCCGGCUCCAGAGGACGGAUCUGUGUUCCAGUAUAAAGCCUUUUCCAUCACCAGGGAUGGAAGGAUGUUGGCAGCUGGAGGAAAAUCAAACAACCUGCAUCUGUGGUGCCUUAGUUCCAAGCAGCUGUUCCGAAUUAUCCAGAUGCCCGCGGUGGUGCGCAGCGUACGCCAGCUGGAGUUUCUCCCCGACAACUUUGAUGGCGGUUCCAGCCAGGUGCUUGGGGUACUCAGUCAAGAUGGAAUAAUGAGGUUCAUCAAUAUCCAGACGUGCAAGCUUGUGUUUGACAUUGGAGGCCAUGAUGACGGCAUAGUGACAUCAUCUGUAAGCCCAAAUGGGCGAUACAUUGCCAGCGUAAUGGAGAAUGGUAGUGUUACCUUGUACAGUGUCCAGGCAUUGACCAAAGAAAUCAAUAAGCCCCCUCCACCACUUGUAAAAGUAGUUGAUUUAACCAAAGACAAGGACUCUACGGGGAACAAGUCUGGAACAAGUAGUGAGAGGGUUAAAGUCGCAGCAGGUCGGUCUUGUCGGCCUUGGAAAUCCAAAGAAGAGAUCAUUAAGACUAGAAUUCUACGACCAGACGGGAGUGACAGCUCGGAUAAUAAAGAGAAUGAGUUCCCAGGUGGGCUGAACAAGCAACGUCUUCAGGCUUUACUGAAAGGUUUUGGAGAAUAUCCAGCAAAAUACAGAAUGUUUAUAUGGCGUACCCUGCUCCAGCUGCCGGAGAACCAUGCGGCCUUCAGCAGCCUCACAGACAAGGGCACACAUCCCCAGUAUCUCCUGCUCCACCAGGAAUACCCCAUCAAAAGUAGGAAACUCUUGAGGGUCCUACAGAGGACGCUGUCCGCCUUGGCUCACUGGUCAGCAAUAUUUGGAGAAACAAAGUAUCUACCUCUGUUGGCGUUUCCAUUCGUGAAGCUUUUUCAGAACAAUCAGCUGGUCUGCUUUGAAGUUGUGGCUACAGUGAUCACAAACUGGUGUCAGCAUUGGUUCGAAUAUUUUCCGAAUCCUCCAAUCAACAUUCUGAGCAUGGUAGAGAAUGUUUUGGCGCAUCACGAUAAGGAACUUCUCCAGCAUUUCGUGAGCUAUGACGUCACAUCCCAGAUUUAUGCCUGGCCGCUGCUGGAAACCCUUUUUUCUGAGGUCUUAACCCGGGAAGAGUGGCUGAAGCUGUUUGAUAAUGUGUUUUCCAACCACCCGUCCUUCCUGCUGAUGGCGGUGGCGGCGUAUAUCCUGAGCUCGCGCUCCCCGUUACUGCACUGCAGCCAGAAGGAAGACUUUCAGUACUUUUUCCAUCACCGGAAUAAUCUGGAUAUCAAUGCGAUGAUUAAAGAAGCGUACCAUCUCAUGGAUUCCACGCCAGCCAGUAUCCACCCCGAGCGCCUUCUCAGCGAGUUUGCGCCUCUUACAAAGGAACAGUAUCCCAUCUUCAACAAGUACCCCAAGUUCAUUGUGGAUUACCAGAGCCAGGAGAGGGGGAGAAUCCGGCAAGAGGAAUUGGAGUACUUACGGGAGAGACAAAUAACCCACGAAAUGGAAGCUGAGGCUUUAAAGCGCCGCGCAGAGGACGAGGCCUGGUACCAGCAACAGGAGCUUCUCCAAGGAGCAGAACAGCAGAGGCGGCAGCUUCUAAUGGAGGAGGAACAGAAGCUGCUGCAGCAGAGGCAGAGGCUGGCAAGUGUAAAACGAGAGCUGAAAGUAAAAGAACUUCAGCUCCUAGAUGCCGCAAGAAGACGCUUCAUGAAAUAUCAGCAGGACCAGCGCAAGAUGGAGCUUCGGCGCCUGGACGACACCAUUGAACGGAAAACGUGCGUGCGGGAAAGGGAAAAGGCGGCUGUAGUGCAAGAUGUGGAAAUCCGGAAGAUGGAGCUGGAAGCCCAGAGACGGUUCUUUGAACAGCAAUUGGCUAAAGAGCAGGAAGCGGAGACACAGGAAGUGAAAGGAGAGAUGGACGCCAAUCAGAGGAAGGCUGACCUAAAAGAUCAAAUGUUUUGGAGAUUAAUGGAAUCAGAGGCCGAUCUCAGAGACCAGAAGUUGCUGGAAGAGAGCUUGGCAAAAGCUGACCGUCUGUGCUCAGAAACAGAGUGGAAGCUCCAGACCCUUCACAAGCAGACGCAGGAUGACGUGCAGCGUGGGAAAUGUUACCAAGAAAUGGUGAAACUAACGGAGGGUAUUAAAGAGCAGGAGAAGCAGCUGUGUGAUGUCAUUAAAGAGCUGGAAACCAGAAAGUGGGCAGAGGUGGCAAACAGACGUUCUCAGCUGGGAACAGAACAGCUCAUGAAGUCUUCCUUAGAUGCAGAGAGGAGAAAGCUGCUCGGUGCCCCAGCGGUCCAGGAGGUGCAGCCCGAGGACGUCUUGCAGGAGUCUGAAGAUGAAUAUUUUGAAAGGCUUCGUGACUUGAACCUCGGUUCCACGGACAGAAAUCCAGCGCAGAUGGACACAGCCGGUCAGAACAAGCCACAAAAUGUUUGUUUAAAUGACGUGUCGUCCUCAAGUUCUUCCGCUCACUAUCACAAUUCCCAGCAAUUGCACUGAUUCUUUGCUGAUAUUGGGCCUGAUUCAGUGUUGUACGGACACCGGAUGUAUCCAGAGACGCAGCUGCUGUGUGUACUGCAUCCAUCGCUGAAUCAGGACAUUAUAUGCUGCUAUAUUUUGGAUAAGAAGUGCCAUUUGUGUCUACUCCGUUCCCUUUAUGUCUAGAAUCCAUGUAAUGUCGCCCCUGUUCUAGAGCUGUAUCUGGCUGGGGGAUAAUACCCCUUACAUGGGUGUUACCCGUGUUACUGGGUCACCCUCUGACAUCUCUUUAUGAUCAGUGACAGAAAGCCGGUAUUGUAUGUGCCAGACGCUGAGUAUACUUAUCCCGUGCACCUUCUGUGUCUGUUUCCAUAGUUUCUCUAGAUCGGGGAAGAGGGGAUUUGGAAGGCAAGGAGCGGGCGCUCAUGUUGGAGGUACAGGGGCUGAGGCAGAGGCUGGCGUCACAGGC